CAUUCCAAAGAAUCGUGAGCGUAUUUCACAAUGAAAAGACAAACCUUGCUCUCUUUUAUGACAUUUGUUACCGCUCAGUGGAUUCCCGCGACUAGCAGCAUUGAAAUCGGUGUGCAGUAUAACAUGACAGAGUAUUGGAAAAUGCCGGCCCUAUUUCAGUACGAAAGCAUCGAAGACUGCCUCAGAUCCAAUCCGGCUGGAGUUUUCUGUGUUGUGAAAAGUGUGGUGAAACCUGACGAACGAUCGUCGAUUUGGAGAACUAUUGAAGAAUAUUCACAAUACCCAUUUCAGCAUCAACAUAGUAUUCUGACCCGUGGUGUCUGUUUGGAGCAAUGCGAAGAAUUAGUGAAAACAUUAUCCGAUCAGCAAAGGGCGCAGUUUUUGCAGCCCAAGUUCGAUAUUAAGUAUAAGGUAAAUAAUGUUACCAUCAGUCCUCUAAUCACGAUCAAUCAUUAAGGGGUUACAUCACU